AUGCAGACGAAGUUACUGAACGCCAAUCCGACGCCGGUGGACCCGUUACAACACCUUCUAAAAAUGCUACCAAUCCACAUUUUUUCUGUGCUUAUUGCUAGGACUUUGGCAGCUAUUGUCGAUGAGAACUGCACAUAUAAUGACGGCGGAACAAUAAAGUACUCUGAGCGUGCAGUUGUUUGUCGAAAUGUAGUUCCGGACAAAGUUUGCGCAAAACUUUACGCUGGAAGAAAUCCGACAGCUCAUUCCCCUGAUGACCGAGAUCCACUAUGUUAUAAGUACGGAGCGGAUGUGGACGACGAUUUUCGCCAAACAGCCAUAAAGAAUUGCCCACGUGAUUGUGGUUACUGUUGCCUCACACCUGAGUACAACUGCGAAAAUAAACAGUUUCCUCGUAUCAGCUGCUCUCUCAUUACUCGGGAUAUGUGCUUUAUGACCAUCUGGAAAGAAAUCAUUGCGGAAGACUGUCCAAAUGUCUGCGGUUUCUGCAAAUCAGGAGACUGCAGCGACAAGGUAAAUGACUGUGAGAGGGAUAUUACAAUUUGCAGAAAACUGGAAAUGCAGGAAUUUGUAAAGGAAAAUUGCAGAAAAACAUGCGGUUAUUGCACUGAUCCUACUACUGCACCCUCUUCUUCGGAAUGUGGACAGGAGCCGUCAUGUGACGUUUGGGUGACGAAUGGAUUUUGUAACAACCCUCACUACACAGUCGAACAGAAGAAGAAGCACUGCGGCAGACUCUGCGGGUUGUGCUGA